AUGCCGUCGUCCAGUGCCAAACCCAAGCCGAAGCCGGCUAUUCCCAGCCCGAGCUCCAGUGUCAUCCUUGUCUCGCCGAAGAAUGAGAUCCUCCUGCUUCACCGCGUCAAAACAUCCACCUCCUUCGCGUCCGCCCAUGUGUUCCCCGGAGGAAACCUGGACGCCCAGGACGGACCCUGUCCUCCCCCAGAGGACCAGAAACGCCACGAAGAUGCACCCUGGUACCGGAACGCCGCCCUGCGCGAGCUCUUCGAGGAAAGCGGCAUCCUUCUCGCCCGCGACCAGUCCACCGGCAAGCUCCUCGCCGUCCCCGAACGAGAGCGCGAACAGGGCCGUCGCGCCAUCCACCAGGGCAAGAUCACGUUCGACAAAUGGCUGAAACAAGUCAACCCGGCUGCCGUACCCGACACAGACCGCCUAAUCCCCUUCUCGCGAUGGAUCACACCCACCAACGUCCCUAAACGCUACACAACGCAAAUGUACCUCUACUUCCUGCAGCCGCAGGACUCCGAGAAGCCCGUGCUGGACGAGAUCCCCGCCGCUGGCGAGCCCGAGGAGAUCCAGAUCCCCACCAGCGACGGCGGCGUCGAGAUCGCCGAGGCGCGCUUCCUGCCCGCGGCCGAGUGGCUGCGCCUGUCCAACCGCGGCGAUAUCAUCCUGUUCCCGCCGCAGUUCUUGCUGCUCCAUCUCGCCUCGCGUUUCCUGGACGUCGAGCCCCGGGAGUCUGCGUCUAUGGAGGAGCGCAUGCGCCGGCAAGCUGCGCUCGCCGACUUCGCCCACUCCGGCUCCCCGCCCUGGACCACCAAGUGCAUCUCCCCCAAGGUGCUCAAGAUGACCUCUACCGGCCGGUCAGUGCUGGCGCUCGACCAUCCCGGGCCGGAGCUCAAGGGGAGCGACCGCCGCGGCGAGUCAGAUCUGGUCGUGCUCGUGGAGUUUAAGAAGGGGUCUGUCCGCCGGGUUGACGUGGGAACGAGAAAGGAGAUACUAGAGGAGGAUCGCGAGAAGAGCAGUUUAUAG